CCAAGAUGAAGACUUGGAGCUUCCAUUGUUUGAUCUGCAUACAAUUAUUACUGCCACUAGUAAUUUUUCAGAGAAUAAUAAGCUUGGAGAGGGUGGUUUUGGACCUGUAUACAAAGGUAUACUUGAAGGAGGUCAAGAAAUAGCUGUGAAGAGACUAUCAAUGUGUUCUAGACAAGGAGUCACUGAGUUCAAAAAUGAAAUUAAACUAAUUGCCAAGCUUCAACAUCGAAAUCUUGUAAAGAUAUAUGGUUAUUGUAUUCAUAGAGAAAUGAAAUUAUUAAUUUAUGAGUAUAUGUCCAACAAAAGCCUUGACCAUUUUAUCUUUGAUGAAAGGCAAAGCAUACUAUUAGAAUGGCCUAAACGUUUUGAGAUUAUAUGUGGAAUUGCUAAGGGGCUUCUCUAUCUUCAUCAUGAUUCUAGAUUGAGAAUUAUACAUCGAGAUCUCAAAGCCAGUAAUGUGUUACUUGAUAAAAACAUGAAUCCCAAAAUUUCAGACUUUGGCUUGGCUAGAUGUUUUGGUGGAGACCAAAUAGAAGGAAACACAAACAAAAUAGUUGGAACUUAG